GCUUCAAAGGAGACCAUGUCAGAGCUGGAGAGUAGCAUGGCCAGCAUCAUCCGAGUUUUCCACAAAUACUCGGGUCACAAGUGCAACCUGAGAAAAGCUGAGCUUAAAGCACUCAUCAAUAAUGAGAUGAGUCAUUUCAUAAUGAAAAUCCAUGAGAAUGAGAUCCUGGACGAGCUCUUCGCGGACCUCGACCAGAACGGCGACCUGGAGAUCGACUUCAAAGAGUUCAUCACCCUCAUCUCCAUGGUGACCUCAGCAUGCCAUGAGCUCUUCAUCCCAAGUCAUCAUGACUGA